AUGCGGCAGCCAGUCUCAUUCGAUGCACCCCUAGAAGUCCAAGACUAUGCAACAGGCCCGGAAGCACACCGUCUACUGUCGCCCGCUGACAUCGACGACUUUAACGAGAUAUGGUCUCACUCUUUCGCUGCUGAAGAUUUGGCCACAGCUGAGAAUGAAGAUAUGCCUAUCACCCCGCCUUCUGCGACACCAAAUGAAGUCCUCAGAAAGUUAGCAGACCUUCAAACCAGCAUUCUUGCCGAUCUUGAGACUGUGAAAUACUGCAGGACCGCUGAUAAGUGUCCCGAGGCGAUCAUCGCUGCCACUUCUAUCACUGCACAGAAUGUCCUGGUUGGUCAUAUGCUAGAUCAUUCGACAGCUCUCAUUGAUAUUCUGAACUGUUUCCAGCCGAAAUGUGAUGAUCAUGUCUUCGAGCUGUCAUGCGAUACACCUAUUAUGAUCACACUUGUUUCAUGCUAUGUUUCCUUGGUGCGAAUCUUUCGGACCAUCUUCUGGUGUAUCGUGGACUCCUUGCCGCACUUGUUGGGGAUUCAGCAUCCAACUCCUCAAUUAUUUCCGGGCAUGCACCUCGGUGGGUUCAAACUCGAGGCUCGAGUCGACCUUCAAGUACAGAUUCUAGUCAAAAUUAGUGAGGAUAUGCUGAGAAGCAUUGAGACCAGGUUCGGUCUUUCUAGCGAUGUCUCCGUGGCUGGAGAUAACAAUCCCAAACCUGGGAAGGCUGCCCAGCUGCUAGAAAUGAUGCUAGAAGAGGAGGCCAGCGAACAACCUCCAUUAUAUACACUCCGGGGGCAUUGCAAGCCAUUGAAAGAACUUCUUGCCAGCCUUCGAGACUCAGAUCAUGGACAUCAAGUUCGCUGA